CACCGACUUGCUGGCUUUAUAAUGCUCCGGGCCUUUUUGCGUCGGACCACCACUUGACUUCACUCGUCCUCCUCCCGCCCAGCGCUCCGCCGCUGCCAAGCCCCCCUCAGUCCUACCCUCCCUCAGACCACAAGCCCGCCGCUCGUUCACCAUGGUCAAGAUAUGGGGACUCGACCUGAGCGAAUUCACCUUCGCCAAGUUUGGCUCGAAGAAUAUGUGGAGCACCGACUUCCAUCGCCGGCGCACCAAGGUCAUCGUCUACCAGCUCGCGAUGGUCUUCCACGUCGUCUCCGAGUCGGUGGGCACGGCGGCGCUCUCUGAUUAUGUCGAUCAGCAGAACGGCAUCCAGCGGGUGCACCCCGGCGCGUCCGAGUACAACAACGACUUCAUUGGGGUUGCGUCGUACAACAUUUUCGUCGGCAUAUACGUCGCGACCAUCUUCGGCAGCGGCUUCUUCUUCGACCUUAUCUGGCCAGAGCGGGCAGAGUCGCUGUCGGUCAAGCGGGCAUGGAAGGCGUGCAGCGUCCUGGCGUGCAUAAUGGCGUUGGCGGACGCGAUCGCGAUGACUGUCAUCGUUGCGACCCGGGCCGCACAUAUCACGGGAAUUAGUGGGGCAGAGGCAGCAAGCGUCCUCGCUAUCGUUGGCGGUCCCCAUCUUGUCUACAGGCAUAACGCGUACUGCGUAGCAUCCGUCGUCCUGCUCUGGAUAGGCACAGUGUCCACGUUCGCAAGCACAUUCGUCAUGUGGGAGGCGCUCUCCUACAUCGACCAUCACGGCGCACGGUCGAAGACGGGCAAGGCCCUCGCUGGCAACGGCGCCGACUCCACGAAGAGCAACACCGAAUCCUCCACGCCCGUCGUAUGACGGAGCGGAUAGACUUUUCGCCGCCAUGCGGUAGCGCGUGUGGGGGAGAACAUGAUAGACUUGGUUUGCUUUCGUGGGGGAGGCCUGCGCUUUCUUGGCUGAGGCCUUUGCGUUCGUGGGCAGGUCAGCGUUGCUAUCUUUACCUAUUCCUAUGUGCUUUUCGCCUUGCGCUUGGCUGUCUAGGGACACUUCUAUAUACCAGGAGCGAGGCGGCUAUUUUCACUACCACAUUAUUUUGUACUCUAUGUAUGACCCCUGUAGACUCGAUACGACUGUACCGCACACGAAUUUUCUGCCAGGAAUAAUACGGCUGGCGAUGCCAAAAUAAUGAGACACCUUUUUUGAUUCA